AUGCUCCGCCAGUACGGAGACCCUCUACGCGAGGAGAAAGCCGUGGCGGCCCUCCAGAGAAUAGAACAAGGCAACCGCUCCACGCGUGAGUACGCCACUGAGUUUAUGGGCUACUGCGCAGCGGCCCGAGGCUGGAACGAAGUAAUGAAGUACACUGCGUUCAAAAACGGCCUGAACGCAAACAUCUUGGAUCGAUGUUACCAUCAAGGAAGACCAGACACCCUGGUGGGAUGGAUUCAACUAGCGGGGGAAGUAGAAACCGACCUCCAGCAUGUGGGGAUGCGACGUCAACAGCAAGGCAAGAAAGGAGUCAAGGCGAGCCCCUCCCCGAGCAAGGGAGAGGGCAAACGCGGCCCCACAACGUCAACCCCCUCAACCACCCCACGGAAGUGCUUUAGGUGCGGGGAUCCGAAUCACCUGGCGGCGAACUGUCCGGUGAAGCAGCCGCCAACCCCGACACCUUCCAAGCAAACGCCCACCGCACCGAAGAAGAAAGUUGCAGGGGGGGUCACCACCCGCUCCGGGAAAAAGACGGAAGCCCCGGGUUCCCUACCAACCGAACGAUUGGCAUCAGAGGCUGACUUGGAGGGAACGGAGCGCCCCGAUGGGCUGGAGCAAGGGGAGGGAGGACUGUGGCUCCACAAAGGGAAAAUUUACGUGCCCAAAUCCAUGAGAAAAGAAGUCCUAGAACAAUGCCACUCCAGCCGCUUGGCAGGGCACUUCGGAGGAAACAAAAACCCGACGGGGCUGGAAGAGCAGGCAGAGCCGGACCAGACGGGACGGGAGCGUCAUGAGGGACUCCAGCAGCGCCUCCUCGCCGCUCCGGCGGAGCUCCUUCCUCGCCCUCCUUCUCCUGGCCGCGGCGACUGGGGCGAGAGAAAUGCAGUCAGAUCAGGGGUGCUUCGUCCUUCUCUUUGCACUGACAGGCCUUGUUUUCUUUCAGGUGAGCUCUGUGAAGUGAACCAAUGUCAGAAUGGAGGGACUUGCCUUAUCGGCAUCACCGAGUCUCCUUUCUUCUGUAUCUGUGCUGAUGGCUUCACUGGGAUUGUUUGCAAUGAAACUGAGACAGGCCCUUGCCACCCAAAUCCCUGCCAGAACGAUGGUGUGUGUCAGCUUGUCCCCAGUCGGGGAGAUGUCUUCGCCAAAUAUGUCUGCAACUGUCCUUUGGGAUAUGAAGGCAAACACUGCCAGAACAAAUCUUCCUCCUUUUCAGCCAUAGACGUGAAUGAAUGCUUUUCACACCCGUGUCAGAACGGAGGAGUCUGCUUGAAUCUGGAUAGAGGCUAUGCCUGCAAAUGUACUUCACCCUACUUGGGGAAGACCUGUAAUGUCCGCUGUGACAGUGUACUGGGCAUGGAGACACGUGCCAUUGCAAACACCCAGCUCUCAGCUUCAUCUGUGCAUUAUGGGUUCCUUGGUCUGCAGCGCUGGGGUCCUGAGUUGGCUCGCCUAAACAACAAAGGGAUUGUGAAUGCCUGGACCUCCAGCAAUUAUGAUAGGAGCCCCUGGAUUCAGGUAAACCUGCUGAGGAAGAUGAGGCUUUCUGGUAUUUCCACGCAAGGGGCUCGUCGCUUCGGCCGACCGGAAUAUGUGCGAGCCUACAAAGUAGCCUACAGCCUGAGUGGACGUGACUUUGUGUUCUUCAAGGAUAUGAGGCAAUCUCACGAAAAGGUUUUUGAAGGCAACAUAAACAAUGACAUCGCAGUGACCAAUCUGUUUAAUCCGCCAAUCACAGCACAAUAUAUCCGCAUCUAUCCUGUGGUCUGCCAGAGAGCUUGCACAUUGCGUUUUGAGCUGAUUGGCUGCGAAAUGAAUGUGUAUUUCAACAUGGCAGGUUGCUCGGAGCCCCUGGGCAUGAAAUCUUCCCUCAUUUCUGACGAACAGAUCACAGCCUCCAGCGUUCACAAGACUUGGGGCAUUGAUGCUUUUACUUGGCAUCCACACUUUGCCCGCCUUGACAAGACAGGCAAGACCAACGCCUGGUCUGCCCUCACCAAUGCGCUGGGAGAGUGGCUUCAGAUUGACCUUAAAAAAGAGAAAAAGGUGACUGGAGUCAUCACUCAAGGGGCUCGUGACUUUGGGCAUAUUCAGUACGUGGCGGCCUACAAAGUGGCCUAUAGCAAUGACGGCCGGUCCUGGACUCUUUACAGGGACAGCAGAACGAAUAGCACGCAGAUAUUUGAAGGUAACUCUGACAACUACUCGCAUAAGAAGAAUGUGUUUGACGAGCCCUUCUAUGCUCGCUUUGUGCGCAUCCUUCCUGAAUCUUGGCACAACCGCAUCACGUUGCGGGUAGAGCUACUGGGCUGCAACGAGUAGACCACCUUUUGGCCAGGAACUGUGGAAUGAAGAGCCAGACUGAUGUUUCUUGUCCUUUUCCUGGACCUGCAUGCUUGCUGUUGCGGCAUCUUUUCUGCCACGUUGUGCCCCAAGAAGCGCUGACGUGAAUUCUGUGCCACGUGUGGCCAAGGGCACUGGAAGCAUCGUCUGGCUGGGAUCAGAGCCAGCAGCUGUCAGAAACCAGGAGCCUUCUUGCUCCCCCCUCUUCCUUUUCUUCCUUGCCUUCCUGUUUUGCAUCUGUUUGCAAACAUCACGUGAUGACCCAGACAGCUUUGUAGGGAGCUACCCUCUUUACACUGCCAUGUGAUGGUCCCUCACUUCCCGAGGCUCUCCAGCAAUGCACUUCAAGCUGCUCUGUGCCGUUGUCAUUCCUUCAUCCUGAGGAACUUGGGAACUGUAGUGCUGGGAGCUGAGGCUCUUAAGCAGAGAGAGGUCUUGCACCCUCAUAAAACUACAGCUCCCAGGAAGUCUUUGGAGGAAGCCAUGUUGCUUAAGCUGGUAUAAAAUUAAUACACGUUUUGUAGUCUACAUGCAGCCUAGGAUGCAAAUGGAUCAAUGUGCACUCUGUAUUUUAAGGUGAAUUCUUAGUUAUCUUUUUGCCAUUGAAGCAGAUUUGCAUAGUUUUACAUAAUUCUGCUUUUAUCAUCAGAGAGGAGCAAGAAGCUGUUCAUCAGGAUGCCUAAAUAUCUGUCCCUUCUUUUCCCUCAUGAGAUUUCACCAGCUGUUGCAUGCCCACUUUCAGACUUGUUUUUGCUUCCUUAAGGCCUAGAAACUUGCUUUUUAACAAUGAAAACUGAAUUCUCCACCUGGUGGUCUCAUCUGUGUUUGGUAGGAUCCACAUAGUCCUACAGAGUGUGCCUGUUUUGGUUCACUUGGCAUUGGCCCCAGCUGGCUGGCAGUCAGAAAAACAGCUGCACUUCUACCCACGGUGCUUUGCUUCCUGCCACAGCAUCCUAUAUGAGGGCCUUUUGCUCAGGUGUCCUGGCACAUGGUAAGAGCAUGCUAAAGCAGCAGGACUUUGUGAUUCUGAGACUGGGAAGAAAGGACCAAUUUGGAAAAGAAAAAUACAAAUGUCCCUUUGGCAGGGUGAGGGUGUGGCUCAUCUCGCAGUCAGACAAACCUAACUGAAGGGGCUUCAGUGCAGUGGGGACCCCAUCUGAGCUCUGGAAGCAAUUAACUCAAACAAUGACUACAAUAAGAGUCCUAGGAAAAGCCAGAGGCUGUGGUGAUCAGGAUUUCCAGCAGGGAGCAGUGUGUGUAAACCUCUGUGGAAUAAAAUGCCUUGUGGGCUCUGCUUU